AUGCCGAUUCCACUCUUACUCCUCCUCCUCCUCCUCUCCACCGCCGCCGCCCGCGCCCCGCCCCUCCCCCGCGUGAGACCACCCCGCCUCCCUCUGUGCCGGCGCCCGGCCUUACCCGCCCUCUGCAUCCGCCCCUGUCCGCCCGCUCUGCCAAAAAGCACCCCCGCCACCCUCGCCAUCUCCUCCCUCUCUGCCUCCCUCUCCCGCACCCACUCCGCCCUCUCCACCCUCCACCGCCUCCCCUCCCCUCCCUCCCGCUCCCCUCUCCGCGACUGUCUCCAGCAGCUCUCUGACUCCGCCGACCAGUUGUCAAAAUCCAAGGACGAACUCAACGGGAUUAAAGAAAAAGAUGAUGAUGUUAGGAUGGAGAUUGACGAUGUUUGCACUUGGGUGAGCGCGGCGCUGACGAAUGAGGACACUUGUUUGGAGGGGAUGAGGAAGGUGGAGGGGGGCGAGGAGGUGGAGGAGGUUAGGAGGAAGGUGAGGGAGGUUGAGAGGUUGACGAGCAAUGCUUUGUAUUUUAUCGCUAAGCUUGCUCCUCCUCCUCCUCCUCCUCCUGGCAAGAACUAG